AUGACUAAUUUUGUCGUAAUAGUGACAUGCCUGUUGGCUGGCUUCAUUUCAGUACGAUGUUCUCUGACGCCAGGGUCAGAGACGCAAACAAUGUCCCAAGAGUCGUGCGCAUCCUGUGGGCUCGGACAUCCCGAUGAUUUGGAGAGAGUGGACACUGACUUUCUAGAGGCAGUUAAGAGGCAUAUACUGAGCAAAUUACAGAUGCGACAGAGACCAAAUAUCACUCACCCCAUCCCGAAAGCGGCAAUGGUGACAGCGUUAAGGAAACUUCACGCUGGCAAAGUGAGGGAGGACGGCAGGGUGGAGAUUCCAAAUUUGGAUGGACAAGCAGCCUAUAAUAAUGAGGUGCAAGAAGAAACCUCGGAAAUCAUCAGUUUCGCAGAGUCAGAUGAUCUUACGUCUUCGAAGUCAAGCCUCUACUUCUUGAUCUCCAAUGAAGGGAAUCAGAAUCUGUAUGUGCUGCAAGCCAACCUAUGGCUGUACUUCAAGCUGUUGCCAGGCGGGUUGGAGAAGGGCCUCCGGCGGAAGGUGACAGUGACUGUGCACUACCAAGAACCAGGUAGACAGGGCGGCCACUGGCCACUGGUGGAGAAACGCGUGGAGCUGAAACGAAGCGGCUGGCACACGUUUCCUUUGUCUGAGGCCGUGAGAGCAGUUCUCAGUAAGGGCGGCAGACGCCAAGAUUUGAAUGUGCAGUGCAAGGGCUGCGAGGAAGCAAACGUGUUGCCCGUCCUGGUAGACCCCAGUGACCCCUCGCAUCGACCCUUCCUGGUGGUGAGGGCGCGGCAGGCGGACGGGAAGCACCGCAUCCGAAAACGAGGCCUGGAGUGCGAUGGCAGCAGCGGGGGCCUGUGCUGCCGACAGCAGUUUUACAUAGACUUUCGGCUCAUAGGUUGGAACGACUGGAUUAUCGCGCCAGCGGGUUAUUAUGGGAACUACUGUGAGGGUAGCUGCCCGGCUUACAUGGCGGGUGUGCCCGGCUCGGCCUCCUCUUUCCACACUGCGGUUGUGAAUCAGUACCGCAUGCGAGGCAUGAGCCCUGGUUCGGUGAACUCUUGCUGCAUCCCCACAAAGUUGAGCACUAUGUCCAUGCUCUAUUUCGACGAUGAGUACAACAUCGUGAAACGGGAUGUGCCUAAUAUGAUUGUGGAGGAAUGUGGCUGUGCCUGA